AUGGAUCUCAAUUACAUCUCGUGGGUAAUUAGAAAUGCCCUCACCGUGGCGCUCGAACCCCUCAACAAGGGAACCGAACAAACCAACAAAAAUCUGAAAGCCACCAUCGAAGUCCUAUCCGUCCAAAAUGAAUCCCUCAAGCACACCGUCGACACCCUGGCCAAACAAAUGUUCGAAAUGACAAAGAACCAGGACAAAACAUCCGACAAACUCCACCGCCUACAACACCAACUCACCAAUCUCUCCAUCAACAGGCACAACAACCAAAUGGCCGCCGAAGGAAGAACUGCCACAACCACCACCACCGCCGCCGUCACCGCUGCCACCAUCCCCGCCCCUCCCCCCGCACCCACCAAUAACUCGAACCAUGCUCAACAACAACCAAAAGGAAAAGGAAAAGAAACACCAAUCCCACAAGCACCAAAAUCCUACGCAUCCAUCGCAGCAGGAAACGCCAACCCCGAAUACACCACGGUCACAAACAGGAGGAAGCCCAAACCUAAGGUGGACCCACUAUUCAAACCAGAAGUCACCAAAAUCAACAGGGAAAUAGUCAUCGAAACAAAUAAAGAAUCACCAGUCACCCCCUGUAACGGGGGUGCCUUGAGAGGGCGCGACCGUGACUUCGAUCAGGUAGAUAGGCAGAAAGGAAUUCGACAAGCUAUCCUUUCGGCUCGUUCGAUGGAAAGAUAG